UAAAGGAAUUCUCGGCGAAAACGUAACACUGGAGUGGAAGUUUUCACUUGUACGCGCAAAUGAGACGUUUGAUUAUUUUGUUCUGCUUCGAAGUGGCGAUGACAUGAUUAAAUACAGUCGCGAUGUGGGUGUAGUAAAUUACAAAGAUGGAAGCGUUGGAAUGGCAACAAAUGGAACACCAGCCUUCACAUUGAUCAAUCUGCAGCAGCAUGACGAUAAAGCAGAGUUCUGUUGUAAAGUUGGCACAAAAAGUACUGGGGCAUCGAGCGGAAAUCUCCAUAAGCAUUGUGUUACUCUGAAAUUGUUAGUCCGUCCCAACAUCAUGGCAAUCUCAGGAAACCAAACACUGAACGAGAGUAAUGAUGUGAUACUCUCCUGCAACGCAAAAGGUACCCCACCUCCUAAUGUCACGUGGUCAAUAUCAGGUGAUCAGGAUAAGAACUUCGAUCCGGGAUCUUUACUACCACUAAGAAAUAUCAGUAGAGCACAAGAUGGCCUCUAUUGGGGCACUGCAGAAAACGGAGCUGGGAAAUCCGUCGCUUCAGUAAGAAUUACUGUGCAAUGUAAGUGAACCAGGACCAUUUCAGUGGGACAAAUAAAACAACGAUUUUGAGCAUUCAUGUGCACAUUAUUAGAAUUGUUUGAUUAGUGUACAUAUUC